UAAAGAGUCUGUCAGGUUUACUUUCUCUUGUUUCUCUUUAGGCACAAAAAAGUUUACACAAUUAACUGACGUACCGUUCAAACAUAUCUAUCGUAUCGUAGACAAUGCCAUUGCUGCAGCAGAACGUGUUUUGGCGCCGCAAGAUCACAGUGAAGAAGACAAUGAUCUUGAAGCUCUUGUAGAAGAACGACAGUGA